GCAAUGAUUCAAAAGAAUUGAUUUUAUUGACCGUCAGUGUUAUUUAAAUCUAGGAAUUUGGUCUGAAGGAUCGGGUACGGUAUGAAAUAGAAAAGACUUUUCUUUUAUUCACUCGUGGGACAUCUAUUUUCCUAGAAUGGAGUGAGGCUUAAGGAAGUCUACUAUGAACGUUUCUGUUUACUCUGCCUCGCAACAGUGACACAAUUAGGUCACGUGAUAACAGCACAGCGUGAGAGUCAAAAACUUCACAGAAGUUUGUCGAAAAUGAUUACACAGCUUAUUGGUAACCCGUGGCCACAUUCCCCAUUUCUGCAACUUCGUCCAGAGUGCCAUACUUCAUGAGCGUGACCAUUCCACAGAGAUUCAUCACCAUGAUCAUCACCACCACCAUCACCAAUACUCUGAUGUAGAUAUUGACAGGAAAGACAGCAGCAGUCAGGGACACGGCGGACGUAGGUCUGCCAGGCCCUCCACGGAGCCAGAAUAUGUGCGACCUGAAUCACCUGCGGUUUCCGAGGUGGAGGUGAAAGAGGAGGAUGACUGGGAUGAAAAGAUAGAUGUAACCAUUGUGGAUAAAGAAAAUGAACCUGAAUUCCAGAAUGAUCCUGAAAUACGUAAUAUCACACCACCUCCAAUUCCACACCCGCCCCUCCACCCCCCACCAAAACCCUGCAGUGUCUGGAUGGAAACACCCUUCCAAAGCCAGUGGAAAAACAUAAGCCUGUAGAAAAUCCAAAAAGAGUCUGCGUGAAGAAAGAGAAACGGCCAGUGGAGAGGGAGAGACAGAAAAGAGAAAUGGAGCCUCCAGAACCCGUGAAAGCAGCAGAGCCUGAACCCCCACCACCCCCACCACCACCUGAACCAGUGGAGGAGAGUAAGCCUCAGGUAAAAGAGCGUCCUGUGGUAGGACCCCCAGACCUUCCAGAACUUAAACCAGCCGAGAGACCUGCCACCCCUGUGAAGCAGCCGACACCCACUCCACCCAAACACCCAAUACAGGGAGGAGUGGAUGUGGUCAAGGUAGACCCUCUGGAACUGUUGGAUCUUGAGAUGAAAUUGAGGAGAAGAGAGUAUGAAAUGAUGGAAUCAAAUGAUCAGGGUUUUCAGCGACCAAAAGGACAAAACUGGAUGAGCACAAGAAUGGCACUGUCUAAGCAAGCCAGCAGAUUUGAGCUACCGAUGGACAUGAAGUUACUGGAAACAAUGAAUCCACAAGACUACCUCAGAGAGUACUGCAAAGUUUCAUCAAAGCGCACAGCAAUCUAUAAAAAGUUCUUUGACAAACAUAGGGAGAAGACUUUCAAUGUUACAUUCCAGAAAUUAGACACAGUUCUAAAUGAUGUUCUUGCUCAUCCAAUCGGCAAGGAGACAUUCCAGGAUGUGUGCUCCCUGGUACAGCUGGAUGAAAACACUAGCAUUGACUACAAACUGUUUGCUGGGAUAGCGGCACUGUGUGAACGGUUACUCUAUACACGGUUUAUCACUGAAGACACUGCGGACAUGGUUGAAUAUCAGAAAGAGAGGAUAGAAUGUGCAGAUUUCACAGCUCUAGAGUGGAAAUUCCAAGGCAUUCAGGCCAAUCCAGAAGUUAAAAAACUGUUGUGGAGUAUAGCCACAUAGAGAUGGGAGUGGAAGCACAUCACUUGACUUCACAGCCGAAGUGAAUUAUAUUGAGGCUUUCUCUGCAUGGGCGAGAUGGUCUGCUCAUUAAAAUAGAGGUCACUCCUAUCCACCUAUGUGCUCUCCGCCUUGUCUGUAGCCCUCCUCUAAACAAGCUGCAACAGGGGCCAAGACAGAUAGGGUAUACUUGGUAAAUCAAGUGAAAAAGCCAGUUUAUCAAAUGAAACCCACUUGUUCUUUCUCCAAACAUGUGAGACUAUGAGAACAUAGUAACGGCAUUCAUUUUCAAUGAAGCAGAGGGGUUGCUUGUGAUUAAUACACUCUUAUCUCUUUCAAAUUCAUUGAACAAUCAAAAAUUCCAAAGAAAUCCAGGAAAUUUUCAGUGAGACACAUGUGAUAAUGAUAUGGUAGCAACAUAGCUAUUCAAGUCAAACCAAUGUGCAAAAGCAUGCUUCAAACACAAGCAUUGACUCAGGAGAUAGUUUGAUAUCUCAGUGCUACAAAUCUAGAAACUUAUCAAAAUAUUUUUCAGGCAUUUAAUUCUAGUGAUAAAGACACAAGCAAUGUUUCAGAUAUAAUUGAUAAAAUAUUUUGACGGCCCUGUCAGCAGAUCUUUUUUUAGCUUUAUGCAUUUUAGUUGGAGAUAAGAUUGCUUAAGUCUAGUCUAAUUUUAUCUACUUGUCUGUGAUCUUCUUUAGACAGACCUUUUUUAAGACAAAUCAUAUUUUGAAAUAUUUCAUCAGUGUGCAAUAAAGGUUGAUGGUAAAAGAGAGAAAAUUGAAUCAAAAUCUUUUUGUGUGCUUGGCAUGCAUUUAUCCAUUGCACCUUGUGCCAUUUUUCAUAACAUGGAAGUACUAUUGUGUAGCAUUAUUCAUGUAACAAUAAACCAUACUGUUUAUAAAAAAUUCUAGUUCCUCUUUUUAUUUGGAAUAUUUUGUAGAAACACAAGAUGCUAUAUAAGCUUUUUAGGACUACAUAAGAGCACAUAUGCUAUAUCACUUAAACUAUACUUGUACUGAUGUCAUCUUUAACUGAGACUGUGACCAAAACAGCACUGACAAAAAAGCACUGCAUAUUUUAAAAGAUAUUUUACAUGUAAAACAAUCGUUGUUAAAUGCUCCAAAAUCAUCGGUUUUGUAAUGAAAUAUUAACAUUUUAGAAUCAUGUUACAACGUGUGCAAUACUAAUGGGAAUCUUUUUUGCCCAAUUAUUAUUACAUAAAUUUACAUUUGUGAUAGUUCCUAAAAAUACAGUGUGCAUUUUCUUUUCAAAAUUAAUAUGAGAUGUAAAAUCCCUAGGUAUAAAAUAUUCCACAGUCAAUCGUUUAAGUGUAUUGUGUAGUCACUAUAUGACCAUGCUCCUAAACAUCACUUGGAAACCCUCACAUUUCAUCCCUCCAAGUACAUGACUACUAAAAGAAAAUUAUCUCUAGUUAUAAUUUUCAGCAGAUUCAUUCCCAAUUUCUGGGGUAAACAGGUUUCCACACUAAGAUAGUCCCUUACAGUAUGCUGGGAGUUUCCACAAAAGCAACAAACUAGUCACUAUCUUCACUGUUACUGCUGUCAGAGUAAUUUCCAAGUAAAGACAACCCACCAGCAACUACAGGUUUACUUGCUGUUGCAGUGCUUGAAGAUUUUACAUUAUUGGAUACAUUAGUGGUCCCAUUUGCUAAUGUCUUCUCUUUGUCAUUAGUUUCAUCUGAUACACUAGCUGAUCCAUUUUCUCCUUCUGUGGGGGUCGAUACAUGUUUUGUUUCUGUGUUACUGUCUUUCUUAGGUUUAACAAGAACCAGUCCUUUCAAUGAAGAUUUCUUUGACAUAACCCCUUGACUUUUCUUCCAUGGUUUUUGCUGUGAGAAGGUUGAAGUCUUUGA